AACAACGUAAAGAUAUCAAAGGUCAACGUGAGCAAGUAAACUCUGUUUAAUCAUUGCGGUGUGGGGGCAUGUUUGCAGUAUCAUACGAUGAUAACGAAACUCUUUUUAAAUUCCAAGCGUGGUCAACGGGUGUGAACUGGUUCCAGAAACACUACUGGGCCCAAUCUGACAGUAAGGGACACACUGGGCGGGAUAAACUGUUUGACUUCCAUAUUUUGAUCGGUGGGAGGGCCUGAUCUGCCAUAUAAAGCAGUGCAUGCCUGGUUCACUUCAGAGGAAGUGAGACACGAAGGGCAGUAAGCUGUUGAAUCACUUCACGUGCAAGAUGUUGAGGGUAACUCUGUGGUUACUAGUGGGAGUGUUUGCGUGUGCGUCCUGCUCAAUCACAUGUCCAGAUGGGAACGUCUGCUCUGAUUUCGCCACCUGCUGUAUGACUAAAAAUGGCUUUAGCUGCUGUCCCUAUCCACAAGCAGUGUGUUGCUCUGACUUGACCCACUGCUGCCCCUCUGGGUUUCAUUGUAACAUGGUUACCAAGAUGUGUAUGAAAAACCCGUUGCUGAUGAUCCCCAUGGUGAAGAAGCAAGCUGCAGAGGAACCAAGCCCUCCUGCUCUACCUGUUUCUCCACUUCAGGGGCCCGUGAACAACCAAGUGCCAGACCAACAGAAGAGUUCAGUUGUUCAUUGUGACCUCUACCACGUGUGUCCUGAUGGGACUACCUGCUGCAGACACCCAGCGGGUGUCUGGUUCUGUUGCCUUUACCCUUAUGGAAGGUGUUGUCUGGAUGGCAUUCACUGUUGUCCCCAUGGCUUCAACUGUGACCUCACGUAUACGCACUGUGUGGCGCAAGGCCUGAGAUAUCCGUUCUCCCCCCACAAAAGUAUGUCGUCAAUGCCUGCCUCUCUCAUUCCGCCUUCAGAGGGAAAAAGCAGCUUGCGAGAGACAUCAAUGACAGCUCUGACAGAAGCCAGGGGUGUCAUCACUGAGGAUGGACCCAUUCGCUGUGAUCCCAAGUUUUACUGCUCAGCAGGGACAAGUUGCUGCAAAGGAGCCACAGGCCGAUGGAACUGCUGUCCUUUCCAACUGGGCCAGUGUUGUGCAGAUGGGCGGCACUGCUGUGAUUAUGGAUAUACAUGUGACCCCACCUCCAUGUCAUGCAAGAGAAGGUACUCGGAGAUCCCCUCACGAGCACAAGAAGAAGCCAAAACAGACUGAUGACAAGUUUGUGGACUGUGACAGUUUUACCAUUACGUAUUUCCUUACAUUUUCCUGAUCAAAUCUAAUGCAUCAUCAUCAGACCUAUAGAUAACUGAUAAUUUAGUGAAUAAUGUGCUUAUAACUUUAAAAAAUGAUUUCUCUCCGUAGUGAAUUCCUUUUAGAUUAAUGUUAUCUGUAUUGGUUCUCACAAGGGAUGGGAUGUAAACAUUUGUUCUCAAUAACCAGCUUUGCAAGAUUCCAUACAAAAUGUAGUAGCCAAUCCAUUGCUGUGCUUUCGGAACUAUGUUGAGACUGUAUAAUCAAAUGAUCUCUUUAGCGAUAGACAAGUCAUGGAAAACAAAGCAGAUAAUUGCAUACUUACAAAUAUAUGAACUUUAAAUAAAACGUUAAAUAAAAAAAGGGAGUUAGGAGUGUAA